UCCCUAGAUUACAUGUAUCGAUAAGGGCCGAGAGAGAUAGAAAGAAAAAUAGCACAUGGCCCGCAAACGCAUUUUGGUAUUAUUAUUCAAUAUUUGGAAUCUAGUGGUCCCCCACAGACUUUUUACCUUCUCCUGGGAAGUUUGUAGUGAAUAAAAGAAAUACAAGAAACAUUUGUUAGUUAUUAGGCAUUACAGUAAAAAGUCUGACGAUUGGACCAACUCAUUAUGGACACGCCAGAUGAAGUAGAAACAAAACGGCUGAGAACACUUACAGUUAGGGCAAUGGAAAACUAUAAAGAAAAGGUUAAAGCCUAUCAUGCUAAACUAUUAGAAAAGAGACAAGCAGUUGAGGCAUCAUUAGCCUAUCUGGAGGAACAAACAGGAGAUAUACAAUUUCUAGGACAGGUUAGAGAAACUCUUGUGGAAGUACUUAACCAUUAUUAUGAACUUUGUAAAGAAUUCUGUGAAUACUUGUCACCUCAAAAUACGGAACAAAGUAAUAGUGAACUAUUAGUACAAAAAUCUGUGUUUCAAACAAUAGCUAAAGAAGUAGAUCUAGCAAUUAAAUUCAUUGAUGAGCAAACAAGUCAUAGUACCAAGAUCGAAAAAGAGAAUAGCUCAACAGCACAUCUAGUCAAAGAGGAUGAGCCUCAAUUAACAAUUAGGAAAGACAGUCCAGUUCAUCAUUCUAGUCUUCAUGGUUCUUUACAUGAUCAAGGCAAUUCUAGUCAUAAGAUCCAAGGACAUAAGUCACAUUCUAGUUCUAGUCAUAAAGCUAAAAGUAGUGAUGGAGGUCGUUCUUCAAAUUACACUCACAGUCGUUCUAGUCAGGGAAGUCGCUCGAGCAAGUCAAUUCUUCUAGACAAAACAGCUAGAGCUGAAGCUGCCAAGGCAAAACUUAAAUUCAUAGAAGAGGAAGAGAAAUUAGUAAGAAAACAAAAUGAGUUAGAAUUAGAAGUCCAAAAACAAAGAUCGGAACUUAAAUCAAACUUAAACAUUUUGAAACAUAAAAGAGAGAUUGCAGAAGCCGAGGCAGAAUUAACAGCAGUAAAGGAAAUUUUAGAUGAGGAAAAUGCAAUAGAUAGCAAUUGGAAGGACAGAGGUCUGAACCUUCCUGAAUCAAGUGCUUCUGAAAUAGUAAAAUCUUAUAUUACCAAUCAGAGACCUAAAGUUUAUGUUCCCGUUGAGGAAGAAACAAAAUUAAACCCUCAUGUACAAGAAUUUGUGCCUUCGACAAUACUGCAAAAGGAAUUCAAAACAUUUCAACCACAACAGACUGUGCAUGUGUCUGAAUCACCAGGAAUAAUUGACCUCACGAAAUAUAUUAUGAAGAAAGAUCUUUUAAUUUCAAGAUUAUCGACUUUCGAUGACAAACCUGAACGAUAUUGCAGUUGGAAAAAUAGCUUUAACAACAUACUAAGAGAACUGGAUGCAACAGAUUCAGAACAGUUAGAUCUUUUAAACAGAUACUUAGGCCCACAGUCAAAAUGACAUGCAGCAAGUCUGA